GACCAUCGUUGUUGAUGACUCUCUCCCUUCAGUCCAUGAAGAGGCGAACUCACUAAGUUCACUUGAGUUUUUCAGAGAAUUGGGACGACACUUCACGGCUGCGGGGAUUCCCCGGAGGAGAAGUCAACGAGGGCACGUUGAACGACUGAUGAAACGCAGCUUCACGCAUCAUCCCAACCAACCCAACCAGCGAAUGUAACCAGUACUAGCCAAUCAGAGGCAGAGUAGGGCGGGUCAUGACUUCGCCAUCCUAGGAAAAGAAAUUUGGCGAGCGGUUUGUAACUAGCUGUGAGCCGCCAUCAGAGCUCCUGCUUCCUGGUUAAAAAUGUCUAAAAUAACCGAGUUGCGGGUCCUGGUGAGACGCAGACUGAAGGCAGCUGCGGAGGAGAUCUGCGGGGUUCUGGACCAGACUCUGGAGGAGUUGGAGAAGGAAGUCUGCCGCCAGCGGAAGCUGCUGGACAUCGUGCUCAGUCCGCAGAUCCGUCUGCACAGACUGGACGUCCAGCAGCUGUUGGAGAGUAAAGAAGAGGUUCCCCCUGAGCAGCAAGAGGGGAGCUCCAGUCUGGACCAGGAUGACCCAGAGCCCCCACACAUUAAAGAGGAACAGGAGGAAUUCUGGACCAGUCAGGAGGGAGAGCAGCUUCCAGGGCUGGAGGAGGCUGAUAUCAUCAGGUUCACAUACAUUCCUGUCCCACAUGAAGAUAAUGAAGAGAAACCUCAAUCCUCACAGCUUCAUCAAAGACAAACUCCAGCCAGCAGAGCAACUGAACAGAUGGAAACAGAAGCUGAUGGAGAGAACUGUGGCGGACCAGCCAGAAACUUGGUCCUUCAUAGGGGUAGGAGACAUUAUGCUAGGAAAAAUAUGUUUCGUGUCUUUGGUUGCUCUGAGUGCGGUAAAUCAUAUCACUACAGUUACCUUCUGGAGAGACACAUGAGAACUCACACAGGAGAGAAACCGUUCAGUUGCUCGUUGUGUGGAAAAGAAUUUACACAAAAGGGACAUGUGACACAACACAUGGCUGUCCACUCAGCUGAGAAACGAUUCAGCUGUCAUCUUUGUCACAAAAGAUUCACCUGGCGUUCACAGAUCAAAAAACACAAGUGUGUUCGAAAGUCCUCACAGCUUCAUCAAAGCCAAACUGAGGAGAACAGAGAGGCUGAGCCUCCAGCCAGCAGCUCAACUGAACAGAUAAAAACAGAAGCUGAUGGAGAGGACUAUGAAGGAUCAGAACCAGCCAGGAACUCACACACAGAUAGACAUUUACAAUCAGUUAGUGAUGACAAGACUUUAGACUCUACUGAGACUGGAUUCAGUGAUCAUUGGAAGGAAACCAGGGAACCUCAGUCAGGUUUAAUCUCUCUGAAAAAUAAUAAAGUCUGUGUAAGUGAUGAGAGAUGUAACACAGAUAAGAAAUCAUUCGGUCACUCUACAUGUGUGAAGAGAUUUGGUUCCAAACCAUGUGUGAAGGGACACAUGAGAACUCAUGCAGCAGAGAAAAGAUUUAGUUGUUCAAUUUGUGGUAAAAGAUACACAGUUAGGGGAAAUUUGGUAUCCCACAUGGCACUUCACUCAGGGGAGAAACGUUUUAGUUGCAGCGUUUGCAAAAAAAGAUUCACCUGGCAUACACAACGCAAGAGACACAUGUGUGUUAGUAAAUCCUCCCAGCUUCAUCAAAGCCAAACUGAGGAGAACAGAGAGGCAGAAACUCCAACCAGUAGCUCAACUGAGCAGAUAAAAACAGAAGCUGAUGAAGAGGACUGGAGGAUCAGAACCAGCCAGGAACUCACAUCCAGAUAAACAUUUACAACCAGUUUGUGAAGACUUAAGACUCUAACCCAAAUCUGAAGGCACACAUGAGACUCAGGAGAGAAACCAUUCAGCUGUUCACUUUGUGACAAAAGAUUAAUUUGGCAACAUCAGCUUUAAACUCAUAAGUGUAUCCGUUAUGAGUCCUCAUGGCUCUGUCAAAGCCAAACUGAGGAGAACUGAGAGGCAGAGACAGUAGCUCAACUGAACAGAUGAAAACAGAAGCUGAUGGAGAGGACUGUAGAGGAUCAGAACCAGCCAGGAGCUCACAUCCAGAUAGACAUUUACAACCAGUUAGUGAUGAUAAGACUUCAGAAUCUUCUGAAGCUGAGACUGAGACUUUCAGUCAGGUUUAAACUCUCAGGAAAAUAAAGAAGUGAUAGAGAUGUAGAGAUGUAGUACUCAUAGGAAAUCAUUAAGCUGCUCUGAGUGUGGAAAAAGAUUUGGCCAGUUAGGAAGUUUACAAACUCACAUGCAAAGUCAUACAGGAGAGGAACCAUUUAGCUGCUCAGUUUGUAAUAAACACUUGUGGUGCAUUGAUUGAUGUAGAUUAACUUUAACUAAACACAUGCUAAUUUACACUCCAUCUUAAAAUGUCUUUCAAUUACUGACUCAGUCUCCCUGGUUGAGACAGGAACAACAUGGAUUGAAAUAAUAACAUCAGAGGAAGGAAGAGUUCAUCUUCUGCUUAAAGCCUUUACAAUAAUCGACUGGUAGUCCACAUACAGUUCUACGGUUGAGUACCCCCCCCCCUCUCUACUUUUCUGGUACUGACCAAAAUGUAAGUUUCUUUAUUAGAACUAUUUACAGCAAGAAGAUGGUUGUCACAAUAACAAUACCAGCAGUAACACAUUGAUAAUAAUAAUUAUAAAAAAAUAAUACAUCAAAAAGGGACAAGGAAAAGAGAAGACGAUGGAGAAAAAAAAAGGUAAAAAUAAAUAAAUAAAAAGAAUUGUCAGUGAGCACACUGUGCAAACAGGCUUAUCUUAAAUGAUUAUAUUGCAUCUCACAUGAUGUAUGGGAAGGGAAGGAGCAGGCAAUGCCAGUAGACUAUGUCUUCUAAUCUUUGUUAGGUGAAAAGUUAAUGUUUCUGAUGUAAUCAGAAUGGAUGAGCCCCUUUAAGUCUAUUUUUUUCCAGUUCAAGGAAGUAAAGAAUAUCUGUAAUCCAAUGAAAAUGAGAGGGAGAAAUUUUGGCCUUCCAAUUAAGCUGUAUCAUCUUACCAGCGAAAUGUCAGUUUCUAAAACUCUCAAGUAUCUGAUCUUAACGUCUGUUCAGAUUCAUCAUUUUGUUUUCUACAUUUACCGUAUUAUUUUCAACUGGAAUUGUUUCCACUGAUCUCACAACCUCACACCUUCUUCAGAGAUCAUUUUGUAAUUAUCAGUCUCUCAGCUCAAAUGGGUGAUGUACAAUGUACAGCAAGGUAUUUCUGCCACCAUUACAAACAUAUUUGCUCAGCUUCUUGUAAGAUAAUUUUCUUAUUUUAACAAGAUCCCUUUCACAUUGUGACAGUUUUUUUUGUGUUUUCAUGUUGAUAUUUUUGCUAUUACAACAAAACAAAUAUUUCAUUUUAUCAAGAAAACCUUGUUAUUACUACAUAUUAUUUAUCUUAUUACAACAGAAACUUUGUCAUCAUUACACAAAAUCUACUCAAAAUGAGAAACAUGUACAUAACUUUAAAACAAGAAAAGUGAGAUAUAUCGUUAUAACAAAAAAUGUUAUAGGGUAAAAUGAUCUUUUAAAAAGAGAAUGUUUUGUCAUGUUGGCUGCAACAUGCUGCUGUAAUAGAAUGUUUAAGACACGGCUGUUCAUUCAUACAGCUUCGAUCAGUAUUGGAUGUAUUUGUGUAUUUUUAUGUUUAUCAAAAGCUGUUGAUACUGGUGAUUGUAAUAUUUUGCUUAAAUUAUCUUGUUAAUGCUCCAUAAUUAUAUUAUUAACCAACAACACUUUGUAAGUGUAAAUGGAAGCUCAUCUAUUAUGAUCUGAGCUGGUUCUGGUGUCCCACAGGGUUCUAUUCUUGGACUUGUCUUUAUCUUUCAUCCAUGUUUCUUUCACUCUUUGCAGAUGAUACCAGUCUGUUUCUGUCACAUCAGAUAAAUUAUUCCACACUUACUUCUGAUGAAAGUUCUGAACUAGAUAUAAAAUUUCAAAUUCAACAAACUUUCGCCGUAUAUCAAAUAAAUCUAACUUUAUUUACUGCCAAAACCCAAAUAUACUGUAAAUGUUAUUCUUUCCCUUUUAUUGGACAUUAUUACUAAUGCCUCAAUUUU